AUAUGGCGGAUAAAGGCAUGAAAAUGUCCCGCAGGUUUUGGAGCUUAUGAAAGUUAUUUUAUGACAUUUGUUAGCUGCUGACAAGAACACAUUCCAAAGCGAAACAAAGCAGGUUUCCACAAUGAGCAGCAGAAGGAAACGUGCGCCUCCGGUGCGCAUGGAUGAGGAGGCCAAGAGGAGACUGGAGUGGAAUAUGCAUGAAGAUCGGAAAAAUGAGGGAAAUUGUGAAGACAUUCUGGAGUCAAUCCCAGCACUGUCUGACAGCUGUCAUCCUGGACUGGUGCUUGAGAGCAACCAGGAAGAGGCGAACCUGUGUUUUAUGUCUUCUGCAGGCCCAGAAGAAGGACCAUCAGAAGAGCGUCCAAGCUGUUCCACGCAGGAUUCAGUUCCAGAUACACUAGAACUGAAUGUGAUGCCAAUUUCUGCUCUGGAUCAGGGGUGGAAUGCGUUGAUUGGAGAGUUUAACCUGUGUCUAAAGAUUCCCGUAAUGCUAGGAGACAAUUCCUUCUGCUUGCAGCAAACAGGUGACACAUUAAGUAUGAGUCUGAAUAGUCAUGAGAUUGAGGUUGAGACGUGCAAAAGUGAUUUCAUCGGCCCGGUGCCAAUUGAGUGUUCCUUUGGUGGGAUAUUGUUGGAGGAUCUGGAUUGGCUACAGAAGAGGAAGGUCAUUAAAUUGUGCCACGCUUCAGGAGAUGAAUCAGUAAAGCUGAAGAUUUUUCUUAUCGAAUCUGGGUUGGGCAGACCAGAAUUCCUGAGUGAAGGAAAUGGGCGCAUUAAAAAAGCGAAUCAGCUUCUGCAAAAGUUAAUGGAAUUUUUCUACGACUUCAUCAUUCCCGAGGUAAUGGAGAAUGAGGAGGAAGAGUGUGACACCGAUCUGGAGCGUCAGAACGUCGAGGAGCUUUACGAUCAUGUCAGACACCUUCAUCAGACAGAAGCAGCGGAGCAAAGCUUCGAUGUCCAGCACCCGGGCCUCAUCCCUGUGCUGAGACCCUAUCAGAGCCAGGCGGUCAACUGGAUGCUUAGGAGAGAGAAGUACCAAAGCAGCAGCUCUCAAGAACAAAGGUUGCAUUUUCUUUGGCGGGAAAUGGUCACGAUUUGUGGCAAAAAGCUCUUUUAUAAUCCCUACACUGGAUGCCUGAUCCGAGAGUUUCCUCUGGCUGGGGUGGAUUGGCCUGGCGGGAUCCUUGCUGAUGAGAUGGGACUUGGGAAAACUGUGGAAGUACUGGCCCUUAUUCUGUGUAACACCCGGCAAAACCUGGAGCAUGGCGUUCUCACUUUACCUGUGGGACGAUCUGUGAAUUACUUUGUCCCUCCUCCACCAUUAGAGAGACAACGGACCAUUAAGCAUGAGGUGAGACCCAAAGAGAGGAUCAUUUAUCCAGCUGUGCGUGAGAUGCUGUUGACUGCGAUUAAGGAAAUGAAGGUUGGGAAAGGAGCGUCAAUCAAUGCUAUUUUUGCUUAUCUACGGACUAUGUACAAGUACGACACCUUAAAGAACCGGAACCACAUAAAGAAAAUCCUGACCAAGCUUAUUAGUGAGAAAAUUGUGGAGCAGAUCAAAGGACGAGGGUUAGCAGGGUCCUUCAAACUGGGGAAGAACUACAAAGAAAAGAAGAAGAAACCUGCCACUCCUCGAAAUAAGUCCGUUGACAAGGCCACUCCCAGGAGAACAUCUCGCCGGGUUUCUGGUCAGGAGAAAGAGGCAUCACAGACCUCAUAUACGACAGCAUCAGAUUCUGAAGACAGUGUGGAUCCUCCUCUCCUCACAGAGGAACUGAAAUGUGAGCCAGAUUCUCUUACAGACUCAGAAAAUCCACCGCAGAAGAUUUCAGUAGACAUCACAGAUGAAGAUGACAAAGCAACAACAGACAAACCCCAACAAGAAACAACCAAAGACAUCCACAUUGAAAGUUCAGAAUCAGAUCCUACACAAAACUCAAAACCUGAACCUGAAACCCCAACCAGAGCAUCUGUGAUCCCAUUUAAUACUCCAGAUUACCGCUUUGAGUGUAUCUGUGGAGAGCUCGGCCUGGUGGACUACAAGCCUCGGGUCCAGUGCCUGAACUGCUUGCUGUGGCAGCAUGCAGAGUGUGUUAACUACAAAGAGGAGAACUUGGAAACGACCCCAUUUUAUUGCCCUCACUGCCUGGUGGCCAUGACACCUGUGUCUACUGGAGCCACACUUAUCAUCUCACCCAGCUCCAUCUGUCACCAAUGGGUGGAUGAAAUUAACCGGCACAUUCACACUUCUUCCCUCAGAGUGCUGGUGUAUCAGGGUGUAAAGAGACACGGUUUCAUCCAGCCUCACAUCCUAGCAGAGCAGGAUGUGGUCAUCACCACUUACGACGUGCUGCGCACUGAACUCAAUUACGUCGACAUCCCACACAGCAAUAGCAAAGACGGCCGCCGAUUCCGCAACCAGAAGCGCUACAUGGCCAUACCGAGCCCUCUGGUGGCCGUGGAGUGGUGGCGUGUCUGUUUGGAUGAAGCUCAGAUGGUGGAGUGCACCACAGCCAAGGCUGCAGAAAUGGCUUUGCGUCUCACAUCUGUUAAUCGCUGGUGUGUCAGUGGAACACCUGUGCAGAGAGGUUUGGAAGACUUGUAUGGUCUUGUCCUGUUCUUGGGAGUUGAUCCCUAUUGGGUCAAGUAUUGGUGGGACCAGUUACUUUAUCGUCCCUACCGCCAUGGCAAUACAACACAGCUUUACAAUGUCAUUGGUCAACUACUAUGGCGAUCUGCCAAAAAAGAUGUCAUCGAUCAGAUCCAGAUCCCUCCUCAAACAGAAGAGAUCCACUGGCUCAACUUCUCUCCAGUAGAGGGACACUUUUACCACCGUCAGCAUGAGGUUUGCUCCCAGGAUGCACUUGUCAAGCUAAGGAAGAUCUCUGAUUGGUCAAUAAAGCUGGGUAGUUUGGACAGACGUACCGUCACUACCAUAUUAUACCCCCUUUUACGUCUUCGUCAGGCCUGCUGCCACCCGCAAGCUGUCAGAGGAGAGUUUCUGCCCCUCCAGAAGAGCACUAUGACAAUGGAGGAAUUGUUGAAGUCGUUGCAAAAGAAAUGUCGUGUGGAGUGUGAAGAAGCUCACAGGCAGCUGGUGUGUGCUCUCAACGGUCUGGCUGGAAUCCACAUCAUCAGAGGCGAGUUUGUGGAUGCAGCAGAGAUGUACAGAGAAGUGCUGCGAUCAUCUGAAGAACAUAAAGCAAGACUGAAGACUGAUUCCCUUCAGAGGCUUCAUGCAACCCACAAUCUGAUGGAGCUUCUGAAUGCAAAGCAUCCUGGGAUUCCUCCAACCUUGAGAGACGACAGUCUCAAAGAAGAGGCUGAGCAGCUGAAGCAGCAUUACAUGGCCAAAGUGAAUUCUGAGGUUUCAGAAGCACAUCAGAACCUACAGCCUGUUCUUCAGCACAUUAAAGAGCUAAAACGCAAGGUGAACCUUCGCUCUCCAUGGUGGCUGGAUGUCAUACAGCAGGCCAUUCAGUACUCCAUGGACGACGACCUUGUGGGCCGAAUCCAAAAUGAGCUCACUUGCAGUUAUAAACAACAAGCCAACAAGCUUUCAUUGGCAGACAAGUUUCGAGACGCUCGUGGUCUUCAGUUUCUGCUCAGCACUCAAAUGGAUGAUUUGAUGAAAUCGCAGAAAACGGUUCAAGAUGCUGUAAAGAAGCUGGAGGGGCCGCCAUCUCAGCAAGUCAUCGAGGAAGCAACACUUUGCCAUCUACGACCUGUUCGUCUGCCACUGAACAACUGUGUCUUUUGCAAAGCCGAUGAACUUUUUACGGACUACGAGUCAAAACUCUUCUCUCACACAGUAAAGGGACAGACGGCCAUCUUUGAGGAGAUGAUUGAAGAUGAAGAAGGGUUGGUAGAUGACAGACUCCCCACGACCAGUCGAGGUUUGUGGGCGGUCAGUGAGACAGAACGAGCCCUUAAAGCCAUCCUGUCCUUUGCCAAGGCCCGUCGCUUAGAAUCUGGACUCAUCGAGGAGGGGAAUUCUUUCAUGGAGCUCUUUGAGUCCUGGAAGAAAGAAUAUAAGCUGUUGCACGAGUACUGGAUGUCACUGCGGGAUCACGUGUCGGCCAUAGAUGAGCUGGGCAUGGCCACCGAGAGGCUUCGUGUGCGUUUACCUGAUGAGCCCAAACCCAAAGUUCUUCAUAUCAUAGAACCUCAUGAGGUGGAGCAGAACAGGAUAAAGCUGCUCAAUGACAGGGCAGUGGCCAAAUCACAACUGCAAAAAAAGCUUGGGCAGUUUCUCUAUCUCACAAACCUAGAGAAGUCUCAGGAUAAGUCCACUGGAGGGUUGAAUCCAGAACCAUGUCCCAUCUGCGCUCGACCGCUCGGCCAGGAGUGGGCCGUACUGACCUGCGGACACUGUUUCUGCAACGAGUGCAUCGCCAUUAUCGUGGAGCAGUACAGCGUCGGCAAUAGACGCAGAGCCAUAAAGUGCGCCAUAUGUCGACAAACCACUUCACAUUCAGAGAUCUCGUAUGUGUUCACCACUCAGAGCGCAAACCAGGGGCAGGACAUCCCUGUGAAGGGUAGCCACUCCACGAAGGUCGAGGCUGUGGUUCGAGUCUUAAAGAAAAUCCAGAUGACCGACCCGGGAGCCAAGUCUCUUGUGUUCUCCACGUGGCAGGGCGUCUUGGACAUCAUUGCAAAAGCCCUUUUCGACAACAACAUGGAGUUUGCACAGAUCAACGGAAUUCACAAAUUUCAGGAGAACCUGAGUGCUUUCAAAUACGAGGAGAAAAUCAACAUCUUGCUGCUGCCACUGCACACAGGCUCAAAUGGGCUAAACAUCAUUGAAGCGACGCAUGUGCUGCUGGUGGAGCCCAUCCUAAACCCCGCCCACGAGCUGCAGGCCAUAGGAAGAGUGCAUCGGAUUGGCCAGACCAAAUCCACAUUCGUUCAUCGAUUUCUGAUCAAGUCCACCAUUGAGGAGCGGAUGCAAGCAAUGCUUAAAACAGCAGAAAAGAGUCAUAGUUCCACAUCCAUGAAGCAUUCGGAGGCCUCCGUGUUUACAGUGGCAGACCUGGCCGAGCUGUUCACAGAGGACAGCGAGUCUCUUGAGUAAAUGUCUCUCCAGACCUGCCAGUCCAAAGGCCAAUAAUGUGAAUGCUACACUAACACCAGCCAGGAGACGAGCCUUCUGCUGCACUCCAGCUAUCCUAUAUGUUUGCUUUGCACAUUCCCCUUUCUAUAUGGUCUGUCCUAUGGUGUAAUUUAUUCAUGAUACUCAAUGUGAAAAAGAAAAUGAUUUGAUGUACCGUAUGUAUACUGUAUCAGUCCUGUAUCUUCCGGGUUGAUUUAUAGUGGGUGUAAUUUUUAUCAAUGCCAUGUUGUGCAUAAACAAGUGAUUUUUAAUGAACCAAAUUGAAAUUAGAAUGCAUUUCUAAUGCUGUACAGUGCAUUGGUUUUAACAUUAGCACUCAUGUAUUUGGGACUGAUUGAACAAACCUUUUAUAAGAAACCCACAGUAAUCACAGUCUGUCUAUCUGUGCUGUAAAGUCAAUUAAAAAACACAUUAUGUGACAUUUUAUUAGAAUUAUGCUCUUGUCCUGGUUUAUUUUCUAAUCUAAAUGCAUUUUAUUAUAUUUAGGAAGGAAAUUGCUUGAUUUUACAGCACUGAUCAUUAUCGGAGCGUCUUCCGCUCAGGCGCUCCUUUCAGUAGAUUGUCUGUACAAAGAUGUAGCAGACCAUUUUGAACAUUUAUCUGGUGCUAUUUGCAAAACAAAAGACAUGUGAUUCAGUGUCCGUAAAACUCAUCCAAUAAAGAGCACUUGUAAAAAGUAAAACCAGAAAGUAAAAGGAAAGAGACUUUCUUUGUCCUAAAAUGGCCAAGGACAGACAGGGAAAUUGAAUUCUUUCUGUCAAGCUGUAUUAAAAUGCAUAAUGUAUUUCGUGUCAGGAUGUGAAAACUUGAAUACACUACCAGUCAAGUUUUUGAACAGUAAGAUUUUUAAUGUUUUUUUUAAAGAAGGCUUAUCUCCUCACCAAUCCUGCUUUUUUUUGUCUAGAGUACAGAAAAAAAACAGAAAAAUUGUAAAAUGUUUUUACUAUUUAAAUAUUGACUGCUUUCUAUUUAAAUAUGUCUUAAAAUGUAAUUUAUUCCUGUGAUCCUAGCUACAUUUUCAGCAUCAUUACUCCAGUCUUCAGUGUCACAUGAUCCUUCAGAAAUCAUUCUAAUAUGCAGAUUUGCUGUUUAAGAAAUAUCAAGAAAUAUUACAAUAUAUUAUGUUUUCAACAUAAUAUCAUGUGAGUGGAGUAAUGAUGCUAAAAAUUCAGCUUUGAAAUCACAGGAAUAAAUUACAUUUUAAAAUAUAUUCAAAUAGAAAACAGUUAUUUUAAAUAUUUCAAAAUGUAACUGUUUUUGCUGUACUUUCAAAUAAAUGCAGGUUUGGUGAGCAGAAGCUCUUCUUUAAAAAAAAAAAAAACAUUACAAAUCUUACUGUUCAAAAAAAAAAAAAUUUCUCAGACCUAAAAUUGUCUCAAAUAGAAAAAACAAUGAUUUGUAAACAGAGGAAUUAACCAAAAAUAAAUUUGUUCACAAAAAGAGAUGCA